AAGGACAAAAUAGAAACGGGAGGCGCAAAAACAAAACAAACCAUACCAAAAGCGCAAAUUAUUGCAUUGAUAAUGGCGAGCUUCACACCGGCAAAAGCCGUUAAGGAACUACUUAAUCGUUACGGAACCGGUUACCGGGAGAAAAACGAUGAGUUUUUCUGUGAAGGUAAUUACUACCUUAAAAAAUUCGUCCGACUUGGUGUGCUGAGCGAUGUGGACGUGAGGAGUUGUGAUCCUUCGGAAGAACCGGCAAUAGUAUGUAAUGUUCCGAACUGCCAGUACAGUUCUUUCUCGGUGCAGGACUAUGAAGCCCACUACAACGCACAGCAUAGGUACUCCUGUGGAGAGUGCAGGAAAACGCUUCCGAGCAGUCACCUCCUUGAUUUGCAUCUAUCGGAAACACACGACUCCUAUUUUGCGGCACAGGUUCAAACGGGCAAACAUCCGAUGUAUGCCUGUUUCUUAGAAGAGUGCUCUCAGCGAAGUACGAAUCCGGCGGAACGACGUGACCACUGUAUUAAGGAGCAUAAAUUCCCUCAUAACUUUCGGUUCGAUAAGCAGAUUCCGCCGCAAAAGAGCAAAUCUAAACAACAAUCUUCUCCAACCGAGUCGACUUCGAUUGAAAUGGAAGUUGAGCAAGCGAUGGAUGCGGACACAGCAGUCGCUCCCAAAUGCACAAAGAAUUUCAACUUUGGCCACUCUAAGGUAAGGUCGUUUAAAUCUCAAAAAACUGAUAAGAAGACUGAUAUUUUGGAAAGCAAUAAAAUGGUCGUGGACUUGUUGGAAAGUCUUCCGAAGGAAUAGCAAGUAGUUUACUGGUCUAGCAGCUUAAUUGUUUUGUUUAAUAAA